GGUGUGGUCUGUGGUGAUAAGCAGCACACCUCGAAAUCCUUGUUGUUGCAGCUGAUCGCUUCCAUUAUCAGUAAGCUUUUAGGAGGUUCGGUUGACAUAUUAGUCAAGAUUAAUCUCUCGGUGAAAAUCAAUAUGAGCGAGGGAAGCAAUGAAGGGGCCGAGUCGCCUCCGGCUAACACUGGCGUACUGUCCGCGACGGCCACCGUAGCAACAUCCGGCGAGCCAUCGGAGUUGGCCACUGCAGUGUCACCACCACCGUUACCGCCACGAGAACAUUUGAUCGUUACUGCCGUAAAGUUCCUCAACAACCCGAACGUAGUUCGCAGUGCCAUAACCAAAAAGCAAGCAUUUCUUCGCUCCAAAGGGCUGUCGGAAGACGAGAUACAGAUUGCAUGUGAGCGAGCCGGUGUCUUUACGACAAAUCCUUCCACCAUUCCAGCGCAGACCGUAAUUAGCAUGGGCGUAGAAUCGAGCGGUGGCGGUAGCUAUACCUCCAAGCCCGGCUAUCAAAUUCAACCACGGCCAAACUUCCUUACACGCAUGAAGGACAUGCUAAGCUCGGCGGCUCUACUGAGCGGACUGAUGUAUGCUGUUUACUUGUUUUAUAAGAAAUUCAUUGAACCGUUGCUGUUCCGCAGCAAAAAGAAAAAAUCCGUCACCGAACAGCUGACGGAACUGAAUCAAACGAUGACGGUAAAGAUUGAUACUCUGAGCGCCGAGUUGGGCAAAAUUAAGCAAGAACUGAAUCAGGUCAACCAAACCAACACAACCGUGAAGGAGUUGGCCAACUUUAAGGGUGAUCUGGAUUCGAUUAAAGGAUUGCUUUUGAACAGAAAACAAUUCGCUGCACCAAAUCUGCCCGUCGUUCCACCAUCGAUUCCGGCCUGGCAGCUACGCUCUCAGCAACAUCAACCGGCUAGCAGCGAAGGUGAACACGACAAGCACGAUGACAAUGAUACCGGAUCUGGAUCGGGCUCUAGCGAAAAUGAUGUUGUGCUGAAGAACAGCGAUAGCAGCUUGGAGAUUAUGUAAUGCGAUAAU